AUGGCUAUGACCACACAACACAUGAAUCUAAUCUUCCUCGUACUUCUCUUAAUAUCUUUUGCAAUAUCUCCGGUGAUCUCAACUGUUCCGAAAGAAUGCGAAACCGAUGCAACCGACUCUUGCAUCGACAAAACCAAAGCAUUACCUCUCAAAAUCAUAGCUAUCGUCGCCAUCCUUGUGACAAGCAUGAUAGGAGUCAUGGCUCCUCUCUUUAGUCGAUAUGUUCCAUUCCUGAGUCCAGACGGUAAAAUCUUCAUGAUCGUCAAGUGUUUUGCAUCAGGGAUCAUCCUAGGAACCGGCUUCAUGCACGUUUUGCCCGACUCUUUUGAGAUGUUGUCCUCACCAUGUCUUGAAGACGAUCCUUGGCACAAGUUUCCUUUCACGGGCUUUGUCGCUAUGUUGUCCGGUCUUGUAACUCUCGCUAUCGAUUGGGUUGCUAGUCUCUACACAAAGAAAGCUGUCCAUGACGACGGUGAAGAAAAGACUACUCCGAUGAUAAUUCAAAUCGAUCAUUUGCCUAUAACAACUAAUAAAGAACGUAGCUCUACUUGCUCAAAACAACUAAUGCGGUACCGAGUUAUCGCCAUGGUAUUGGAGCUUGGAAUUAUAGUUCACUCGGUGGUUAUUGGAUUAUCGCUAGGGGCAACAAAUGACACAUGCACCAUUAAAGGUCUUAUCGCAGCUCUUUGCUUCCAUCAAAUGUUCGAAGGCAUGGGUCUCGGAGGAUGCAUCCUCCAGGCAGAGUAUACAAAUGUGAAGAAAUUCGUGAUGGCUUUCUUCUUUGCGGUUACAACACCAUUUGGGAUCGCUCUUGGUAUAGCCUUGUCGAGUGUUUACACGGACAACAGUCCAACCGCAUUAAUCACGGUUGGGCUGCUCAAUGCAUGUUCCGCGGGAUUGCUCAUUUACAUGGCGUUCGUAGACCUUCUAGCCGCGGAGUUUAUGGGAUCAAUGCUCCAAGGAAGCGUCAAGCUUCAGCUUAACUGUUUUGGCGCAGCUUUGCUCGGUUGCGGUGGAAUGUCAAUCCUUGCCAAGUGGGCUUAG